GAGAGGUUCCAACGUAUCCUUGGUGCUGGACAUGUCCUCCCUGGCAGCGGUGGAGCCCCUGAACGGUGGGGUGGUGACCCCCAGAGAGAGGGCUACUCAGGAGUACCUGCAGUCAGCCGGCCGGACCCUGUCCAGACAGCAGCUACGAGACGUGGUGCUCAACACACAGACGCUACACGCAGAGUUCGCUGUGAGUGGAAUGAACACACGCAUGCACGGCACACACACACACACACACACACACACACACACACAUACAUGCUCAACACAAACACACACACAUGCAUGCCACUGGUGGCACUUUAGGCGGGGAUGAUAGGAUCAUAGUAAUGGCUGGAACAGAAUGAAUGCAAUGGUAUCAAACAUCAAACACCUGGUUUUCCAUUGAGUUUGAUACCAUUGCAUUCUCUCCAUUCCAUCCAUUAUGAUGAGCUGUUCUCCCCUCACCAGCCUCCUGUGAUGCAUGCUCAACACAAACACACAAACACAGCUAUGAGACGUGGUGCUCAACACACAGACGCUAAACGCCGGGUUCGUGAACAAAACAUUCACACAACCACCACACAACGUUGUGUUCCUGUGGUCAACAACUUGAAUAUCAACUCUGUAAUUCAAGGCCAGAUAGCCCAUUUUAUUUUGUAUGUGGAACAAUCCACCUCAACAUUUAUGGGUUAUUUAAACCAAUUGAUUCAUGAGUUAAUUGUGUCUUUGCUGUCCGGUUUUCUUCAUGUUCUUCUUCAGGAAAUCCCAAUGAACUUUGUGGAUCCAAAGGAGAUGGACAUUUCCAGUCAUGGAACCAAAAACAGAUACAAGACAAUACUGCCAAGUAAGUAUAUUAGCUUUUUAAUAUGUAUUAGUUAAUUAAGCAAUAAGGCCCGAGGGGGUGUGGUAAAUGGCCAAUAUACCACGGCUAAGGGCUGUUCUUACGCACAACGCAACGCCUGGACACAGCCCUUAGCCGUGGUAUAUUGGCCAUAUACCACAAACCCCCCGAGGUGCCUUAUUGAUAUUAUAAACUGGUUACCAACGUAAUUAGAACAGUAAAAAUAAAUGUUUUGUCAUACCAAUGUUAUACCGUCUGAUAUACCACAGCUUUCAGCCAAUCAGCAUUCAGGGCUGGAACCACCCAGUUUAUAAUGACUAUUUGACCACACCCACAGAACCACAACCUGUUGUGCGGUCCACAGACUAAGGCUAUGGUGUUAAUGUGAGGGGGCAGUGUUAUGUCUCAGUAGAUUAGGCCUAUCUAUCUCACACAGCAGCAGUUCUGUCAACCAGUCACUGUCUGUUAUUGUCAACCUUUGGCCUCAAAAACACACACACACAGACACACACACACAUACACACACACACACACACAUUCUCUGCAAUGCAUGAUACAUUGUUGUUUACAGCAUGCGAUUGGCCGGUCGACCUCACCGUUGCUAAGCAACACUGAAUACGCCCGCACUCCUUACAACCAAACAACACGGUCAACCGCCACAACCUCUCCUGGUCAUAAAGGAAGUGUUUUAGCGCUGUCCUGUCUGGUUGGUUAGCCUGGUGGACGGAGUGGGCGGAGUUAAGGGGUCAAAGAUGACCAAAACGUUAAUGUCUGAGAUGAACUGUUCCUUCCUGCUACCUUAAAGAGCCUCUGUCUGCUUCCCAGAUGGCGCCCUAUACCCUAAUAUAGUCCUGUGGGACCCUGAUCAAAAGUAGUGCACUAAAUAGGGAAUAGGGUGUCAUUUGUGACGUAUCCUCUAUGAAGGAUGAUACCGUUAGAGCUCUGCUCUGCUUGGACGUCCUGUUCUCUCUGGCCAGAUGCCAGAGGUGUGUGUGUGUGUGUGUGUGUGUGUGUGUGUGUGUGUGUGUGUGUGUGUGGGUGUGGGUGUGUGUGUGUGUGUGUGGGUGUGGGUGUGUGUGGUGUGUGUGUGUGUGUGUGUGGGUGUGUGUGUGUGGGUGUGUGUGGGUGUGUGUGUGGGGGUGUGCUCCCGUCUGCCAGCUCUCAUCACAGAUGACAUCAUUAUGUAAUGAAAAGACAGACAGGUUGGAAUGUUAUUGUCUUCCUGUUCACACCCACCUUGGAACGUUAUCAGGCUUCCUGUCGGAACCAGCAGUCUUCCUUCCAUACGCAGAGCAGAGAGGGGUCUGGGGUUGGGGUCUGUUGGGGUUGGGGUCUGGGGUUGGGGUGUGGUGUUGGGGUGUGGGUUAUCAAUAGUCCAGAGGCUGGGUUCCUUCUGUCCAAUGUACCGCAGCAAUGCUAAGGAACAGUCCAGCUAGAACAGUCCAGACAGAACACUCCAGACAGAACAGUCCAGACAGAACAUUCCAGACAGAACACUCCAGACAGAACACUCCAGACAGAACAGUCCAGACAGAACAGUCCAGACAGAACAGUCCAGACAGAACAGUCCAGACAGAACAGUCCAGACAGAACAGUCCAGACAGAACACUCCAGACAGAACACUCCAGACAGAACACUCCAGACAGAACAGUCCAGACAGAACAGUCCAGACAGAACACUCCAGACAGAGCACUCCAGACAGAGCACUCCAGACAGAACACUCCAGACAGAACACUCCAGACAGAACAGUCCAGACAGAACAGUCCAGACAGAACACUCCAGACAGAACAGUCCAGACAGAACAGUCCAGACAGAACACUCCAGACAGAACACUCCAGACAGAACAGUCCAGACAGAACAGUCCAGACAGAACACGCCAGACAGAACAGUCCAGACAGAACAGUCCAGACAGACAACACUCCAGACAGAACACUCCAGACAGAACCCAACAAACACUCCAUACACAGAACAGUUACAUACAGAAACCCUCCACGACAGAACCACUCCCCAUACAGAAACACUCCCAGACAGAACACCUCCAUACAGAACUACUCCAAGGACAGAACAGUCCCUACAGAACACUCCAGACAGAACCAGUCCAGACCGAACACUCCAGACCGGAACACUCCAAGACAGAAACAACUCCAUACAGAAACAGUCCAGAACCAGACCACACUCCAGACAGAACACUCCAGAACCUAACAGUCCAGGGACAGAACAAGUCGUCUUGAACUAAGAAGUAGAGAAGAAACAGGAUGGAGUGAGGCAAGGUGUUCUUACUCUGUGACAGACUGUAAAGACAUGUUAGUGGGUGUGUCAAUUGUCCUGCCUGUCCACAUUGCAAUGGCUGAGUACGGGUCUGGUCCCCAUCAAAGCCUUGUGAGAUAUGUCUAAUGGAGGUAGAGGAAGAAUAUGGAUUGAGUGAGGCAAUGUGUUGUUUACUUGGUGACAAACUGAUGUAAUGUUCAGUCCAGACUUGACAAACUGCCCGACUUGACAGACUUGAAAGACGUGCCAGAGAACAAAAGAACGUGUUAUGGUGCUAUUUCCUGUCCUGGCCUAUCCUGUCUUGUACACAAGCAUUGACUGUACUAUACUGAGCUACUGUCCGUCAAAACCUUUACACUGGAACCCCCAGUCACUAACAGAUCUAUCUGAUUCCAAUAGCUGGAACCCCCAGUCACUAACAGAUCUAUCUGAUUCCAAUAGCUGGAACCCUCCAGUCACUAACAGAUCUAUCUGAUUCCAAUAGCUGGAACCCCCAGUCACUAACAGAUCUAUCUGAUUCCAAUAGCUGGAACCCCCAGUCACUAACAGAUCUAUCUGAUUCCAAUAGCUGGAACCCCCAGUCACUAACAGAUCUAUCUGAUUCCAAUAGCUGGAACCCCCAGUCACUAACAGAUCUAUCUGAUUCCAAUAGCUGGAACCCCCAGUCACUAACAGAUCUAUCUGAUUCCAAUAGCUGGAACCCCCAGUCACUAACAGAUCUAUCUGAUUCCAAUAGCUGGAACCCCCAGUCACUAACAGAUCUAUCUGAUUCCAAUAGCUGGAACCCCCAGUCACUAACAGAUCUAUCUGAUUCCAAUAGCUGGAACCCCCAGUCACUAACAGAUCUACAGUACCAGUCAAAGGUUUGGACACACCUACUCAUUCUAGGGUGUUUCUUUAUUUUUACUAUUUUCUACAUUGUAGAAUAAUAGUGAAGACAUCAAAACUAUGGAAUAACACAUAUGGAAUCAUGUAGUAACCAAAACAGUGUUAAACAAAUCAAAUUAUAUUUUAUAUUUAAGAUUCUUCAAAUAGCCACCCCUUGCCUUGAUGACAGCUUUGCACACUCUUGGCAUUCUCUCAACCAGCUUCAUGAGGUCGUCACCUGGAAUUCAUUUCAAUUAACAGGUGUGUCUUCUUAAUAGUUCAUUUGUGGUGUUUUUUUCCUUCUUAAUGCGUUUGAGCCAAUCAGUUGUUUUGUGACAAGGUAGGGGGGGGGGGGGGGGGGGGGGGUAUACAGAAGAUAGCCCUAUUUGGGAAAAGACCAAGUCCAUAUUAUGGCAGCCCAUAUAAGCAAAGAGAAACAACAGUCCAUCAUACUUUAAGAUAUGAAGUCAGUCAAUACGGAACAUUUCAAGAACUUUGAACGUUUCUUCAAGUGCAGUCGCAAAAACCAUCAAGCGCUAUGAUGAAACUGGCUCUCAUGAGGACUGCCACAGGAAUGGUAGACCCAGAGUUACCUCUGCUGCAGAGGAUAAGUUCAUUAGAGUUACCCGCCUCAGAAAUUGCAGCCCAAAUAAAUGCUUCACAGAGUUCAAGUCACAGACACAUCUCAACAUCAACUGUUCAGAGGCGACUGUGUGAAUCAGGCCUUCAUGGUCGAAUUGCUGCAAAGAAACCACUACUAAAGGACACUAAUAAGAAGAAGAGACCUGCUUGGGCCAAGAAACAUGAGCAAUGGACAUUAGACCGGUGGAAAUUUGUCCUUUGGUCUGGAGUCUAAAUUUGAGAUUUUUGGUUCCAACUACCGUGUCUUUGUGAGACGCGGUGUGGGUGAAUGGAUGAUUUCCGCAUGCGUCGUUCUCACCUUAAAGCAUGGAGGAGGAGGUGUUAUGGUGUGGGGGUGCUUUGCUGGUGACACUGUCAUUUAUUUAGAAUUCAAGGCACACUUAACCAGCAUGGCUACCACAGCAUUCUGCAGCGAUACGCCAUCCCAUCUGGUUUGGGCUUAGUGGGACUAUCCUUCAUUUUUCAACAGGACAAUGACCCAACACACCUACAGGCUGUAUAAGGGCUAUUUUACCAAGAAGGAGGGUGAUGGAGUGCUGCAUCAGAUGGCCUGGCAUCCACAAUCCCCCGACCUCAACCCAAUUGAGAUGGUUUGGGAUGAGUUGGACGGCAGAGUGAAGGAAAAGCAGCCAACAAGUGCUCAGCAUAUGUGGGAACUCCUUCAAGACUGUUGGAAAAGCAUUCCAGGUGAAGCUGGUUGAGAGAAUGCCAAGAGUGUGCAAAGCUGUCAUCAAGGCAAAGGGUGGCUAUUUGUAGAAUCUCAAAUAUAAAAUAUAUUUUGAUUUGUUUAACACUUCUUUGGUUACAACAUGAUUCCAUAUGUGUUAUUUCAUUAUUUUGAUGUCUUCACUAUUAUUGUACAAUGUAAAAAAUUGUAAAAAUAAAGAAAAACCCUGGAAUUAGUUGGUGUGUCCAAACUUUUGACUGGUACUGUAUCUGAUUCCAAUAGCUGGAAUCCCCAGUCACUAACAGAUCUAUCUGAUUCCAAUAGCUGGAACCCCCAGUCACUAACAGAUCUAUCUGAUUCCAAUAGCUGGAACCCCCAGUCACUAACAGAUCUAUCUGAUUCCAAUAGCUGGAACCCUCCAGUCACUAACAGAUCUAUCUGAUUCCAAUAGCUGGAACCCCAAGUCACUAACAGAUCUAUCUGAUUCCAAUAGCUGGAACCCCCAGUCACUAACAGAUCUAUCUGAUUCCAAUAGCUGGAACCCUCCAGUCACUAACAGAUCUAUCUGAUUCCAAUAGCUGGAACCCUCCAGUCACUAACAGAUCUAUUGUCUCCUUUAGAUCCACAUUCCAGAGUGAUCCUGAGGACCAAGAGCUCCUUCGACCCUCUCAGCAGCUACAUCAACGCCAACUACGUUAGGGUAAGUUACACACACACACACACACACACACACACACACACACACACACACACACACACACACACACACACACACACACACACACACACACACACACACACACACACACACACACACACACACACACACACACACACACACACACACACACACACACACACACACACACACACACACAUACACAGAUACUCAUACGCAUACACAGGCACGAACACAAGUACACAGACACACACACUUACAGACACAGACACAGACACACAGACAUACACAGACAGGUACGCAUGCACACACAUAUGCACGCGAACACAACACACCCACACACGCAAGCACACACACAUGCAUACACACACACACACACACACACACACACAUACACACACACACAUACACACACACACAUCAAUGCAAAUGACAGGGUAAGUUAUUACAGCCUCCACCAGGUAUGUGAGCCCACUGGGACUGUUCUGUUCGUGAACACAUUGAAUUGUGAACCCAACAAAAAAGAAGUGGUUGGAAACUAUGUGAAACAUCAUAGCACUCUCAUAAUGAACAGGUAAAAAGCUUUCAGUUGGCCGUACAGGUAUGCAAAGUCAGAUUAAAACAGAUUAGAGAUUGAACUCAUGAAACGUUGUAGUUCGAUUACCCCAUCACACACUUGAUUCUAACUGAUCAUCUUUAGUGUAGCUUAUGCAGUCAUAUUUCAUAUUACAUGAAGUCAUAUCCCACUGUUGUUGAACCGAGUGGUGUGACAUAAGACUUGGUUUGUUUAAAGUGAUUGUUCCCUUUUAAGCAAACAACUUCAGGUCUUAUCAGGUUCAUACAUCUUGGGAAGGAAAAGCGCAGCAGUGAGGCCAGGGGGGAUGGAGGACAUUGUUUCGGAUGUUUCCAUGGAAGUCUAUGGAGAGAACAGAGGGAGAAGGAGAGAGGCGGAGCCAGAGGAACUAGUGAACUCAGUCUCCAAUGGCCCGUUGGGCUGCAGAUACAAUAGGGUCACUUCCCCUGUAGUCACCGCAGGAAGCUCAACUAUUAGGCCGUGUCCAAAAUGGCACCCUAUUCCCUAUUUAGUGCACAACACUCUGGUCAAAAGUAGUGCACUAUAUAGGGAAUAGGGUGCCAUAUGGGACAUAUCGCUCGUUUUCUUUUUCACACCGUAGAGUCUAAUCAGACCUGCCGUGGUUUAUCCUCCCUGGACAGUAGCUAGCAACAAUCAGCGUUCCACUGAGGCUAAUCAGACCUGCCGUGGUUUAUCCUCCCUGGACAGUAGCUAGCGGUAAUCAGCGUUCCACUGAGUCUAAUCAGACCUGCCGUGGUUUAUCCUCCCUGGACAGUAGCUAGCGGUAAUCAGCGUUCCACUGAGUCUAAUCAGACCUGCCGUGGUUUAUCCUCCCUGGACAGUAGCUAGCGGUAAUCAGCGUUCCACUGAGGCUAAUCAGACCUGCCGUGGUUUAUCCUCCCUGGACAGUAGCUAGCGGUAAUCAGCGUUCCACUGAGGCUAAUCAGACCUGCCGUGGUUUAUCCUCCCUGGACAGUAGCUAGCGGUAAUCAGCGUUCCACUGAGGCUAAUCAGACCUGCCGUGGUUUAUCCUCCCUGGACAGUAGCUAGCGGUAAUCAGCGUUCCACUGAGUCUAAUCAGACCUGCCGUGGUUUAUCCUCCCUGGACAGUAGCUAGCGGUAAUCAGCGUUCCACUGAGUCUAAUCAGACCUGCCGUGGUUUAUCCUCCCUGGACAGUAGCUAGCGGUAAUCAGCGUUCCACUGAGUCUAAUCAGACCUGCCGUGGUUUAUCCUCCCUGGACAGUAGCUAGCGGUAAUCAGCGUUCCACUGAGUCUAAUCAGACCUGCCGUGGUUUAUCCUCCCUGGACAGUAGCUAGCGGUAAUCAGCGUUCCACUGAGUCUAAUCAGACCUGCCGUGGUUUAUCCUCCCUGGACAGUAGCUAGCGGUAAUCAGCGUUCCACUGAGUCUAAUCAGACCUGCCGUGGUUUAUCCUCCCUGGACAGUAGCUAGCGGUAAUCAGCGUUCCACUGAGGCUAAUCAGACCUGCCGUGGUUUAUCCUCCCUGGACAGUAGCUAGCGGUAAUCAGCGUUCCACUGAGGCUAAUCAGACCUGCCGUGGUUUAUCCUCCCUGGACAGUAGCUAGCGGUAAUCAGCGUUCCACUGAGGCUAAUCAGACCUGCCGUGGUUUAUCCUCCCUGGACAGUAGCUAGCGAUAAUCAGCGUUCCCCUGAGUCUAAUCAGACCUGCCGUGGUUUAUCCUCCCUGGACAGUAGCUAGCGGUAAUCAGCGUUCCACUGAGGCUAAUCAGACCUGCCGUGGUUUAUCCUCCCUGGACAGUAGCUAGCGGUAAUCAGCGUUCCACUGAGGCUAAUCAGACCUGCCGUGGUUUAUCCUCCCUGGACAGUAGCUAGCGGUAAUCAGCGUUCCACUGAGUCUAAUCAGACCUGCCUUGGUUUAUCCUCCCUGGACAGUAGCUAGCGGUAAUCAGCGUUCCACUGAGUCUAAUCAGACCUGCCGUGGUUUAUCCUCCCUGGACAGUAGCUAGCGGUAAUCAGCGUUCCACUGAGUCUAAUCAGACCUGCCGUGGUUUAUCCUCCCUGGACAGUAGCUAGCGAUAAUCAGCGUUCCACUGAGGCUAAUCAGACCUGCCGUGGUUUAUCCUCCCUGGACAGUAGCUAGCGGUAAUCAGCGUUCCACUGAGUCUAAUCAGACCUGCCGUGGUUUAUCCUCCCUGGACAGUAGCUAGCGGUAAUCAGCGUUCCACUGAGGCUAAUCAGACCUGCCGUGGUUUAUCCUCCCUGGACAGUAGCUAGCGGUAAUCAGCGUUCCACUGAGGCUAAUCAGACCUGCCGUGGUUUAUCCUCCCUGGACAGUAGCUAGCGGUAAUCAGCGUUCCACUGAGUCUAAUCAGACCUGCCGUGGUUUAUCCUCCCUGGACAGUAGCUAGCGGUAAUCAGCGUUCCACUGAGUCUAAUCAGACCUGCCGUGGUUUAUCCUCCCUGGACAGUAGCUAGCGGUAAUCAGCGUUCCACUGAGGCUAAUCAGACCUGCCGUGGUUUAUCCUCCCUGGACAGUAGCUAGCGAUAAUCAGCGUUCCACUGAGGCUAAUCAGACCUGCCGUGGUUUAUCCUCCCUGGACAGUAGCUAGCGGUAAUCAGCGUUCCACUGAGGCUAAUCAGACCUGCCGUGGUUUAUCCUCCCUGGACAGUAGCUAGCGGUAAUCAGCGUUCCACUGAGUCUAAUCAGACCUGCCGUGGUUUAUCCUCCCUGGACAGUAGCUAGCGGUAAUCAGCGUUCCACUGAGUCUAAUCAGACCUGCCGUGGUUUAUCCUCCCUGGACAGUAGCUAGCGGUAAUCAGCGUUCCACUGAGGCUAAUCAGACCUGCCGUGGUUUAUCCUCCCUGGACAGUAGCUAGCGGUAAUCAGCGUUCCACUGAGUCUAAUCAGACCUGCCGUGGUUUAUCCUCCCUGGACAGUAGCUAGCGGUAAUCAGCGUUCCACUGAGUCUAAUCAGACCUGCCGUGGUUUAUCCUCCCUGGACAGUAGCUAGCGACAAUCAGCGUUCCUCUGAGGCUAAUCAGAGCUGCCAUGGUUUAUCCUCCCUGGACAGUAGCUAGCAACAAUCAGCGUUCCUCUGAGGCUAAUCAGACCUGCCGUGGUUUAUCCUCCCUGGACAGUAGCUAGCGGUAAUCAGCGUUCCACUGAGUCUAAUCAGACCUGCCGUGGUUUAUCCUCCCUGGACAGUAGCUAGCGGUAAUCAGCGUUCCACUGAGUCUAAUCAGACCUGCCGUGGUUUAUCCUCCCUGGACAGUAGCUAGCGGUAAUCAGCGUUCCACUGAGUCUAAUCAGACCUGCCGUGGUUUAUCCUCUCUGGACAGUAGCUAGCGGUAAUCAGCGUUCCACUGAGUCUAAUCAGACCUGCCGUGGUUUAUCCUCCCUGGACAGUAGCUAGCGGUAAUCAGCGUUCCACUGAGUCUCCUGGGACUGAAAUGGGUCAUAGCAACACACAUUCAGACAGAAAUAUUAACAUCUAACGAAUUGGUCUGCUGUCUAAACAACCUUUCCAUUCAUUAUGCCUUAACAAACUAGUCCCCAAUCUAGUGAUGGUUUUUAAAAAUAAAUAAUUGGGCCAGUCCAGGAUUCCUGUGUAUCAGUCUGCUAAUGGUCCUCUCUCCCUCCCUCUCUCUCUCCCCUCCUCUCUCUCUCCCUACCUCUCUCUCUCUCCCUCCCUCCCUACCUCUCUCUGUCCCUGCAGGGUUACCUAGGCGAUGAGAAGGCUUACAUUGCCACCCAAGGUCCCAUGAUCAACACAGUGAAUGAUUUCUGGCAGAUGGCCUGGCAGGAAGACUGUCCUGUCAUCGUCAUGAUCACCAAGCUCAGGGAGAAGAACGAGGUACGGGUGACACACACACAAACACGCAGACACACACACACACACACACACACAUGCACACAUGCACACACUCACACACGCACACACAUGCAUUCACACACACGCACACACACACGCACACGCACACACACACGCACGUGCACAUACGCAUGCACACAUUAACACACACUAGGGUUGAAUAGCGGGAACCGGGUUACCGAGAUUUCCCACCCAAACCCACUCUCUUUUCCCCAGGAUAAAUAACAGCGAGAAAUCAGUUAAUUAUAAUAAAUUAUUUAUAUGAAUAUGUCACGCCCUGACCUUGGAGAUCCCUUUUAUUCUCUAGUUGGUUAGGUCAGGGUGUGAUUUGGGUGUCCAUUCUAGGUUUUCUAUUUCUUUGUUGGCCGGGUGUGGUUCCCAAUCAGAGGCAGCUGUCGAUCGUUGUCUCUGAUUGGGGAUCAUACUUAGGCAGCCUUUUUCCCACCUUAGUUUGUGGGAUCUUGUUUCUGGUUAGUAGCUGUGUAGCCUGCAGAACUUUACGUUUGUUUGUAUUUUGUUGUUUUGUGUGUGUUCAGUUAUUAAACUAAUAUGUUCGCAUACCACGCUGCACCUUGGUCCGAUCCUUCACUCAACGUUUGUGACAGAAGAUCCCACCUCCAACGGACCAAGCAGCGUGGCCAGGAGGAGCAGACAUGCUGGACACAGGUGGGGAAGACAUUCUGGACAUGGGAGGAGAUAUUGGCCGGAAAGGGACCCUGGGCGAAGGAGGAGACCCAGGCAGGAAGGGAUCGCCUUCCAUGUGAGCAGACGGAGGCGACUUCGUAGUUCACCACCACGUGGAGCCAGGUUUCAGACAAGAGCCAACUACCCGCACUCGCUUUAAGGAGCGUGUGACCGUUCAGGAUCCAUGUUAUGCGGAGAUACGCACUGUGUCGCCAGUGCGCCUUAACAGCCCAGUGCGUCCUGUGCCAGCGCCUCGCACUUGCUGUGCGAAGGUGAGCAUUCAGCCAGGACGGGUUGUGUCGGCUCAACGCUCCUGGUCUCCAGUACGCCUCCUCGGUCCAGUAUAUCCUGCGCCGGUUAUACGCACUGUGUCGCCAGUGCGCCUUCACAUCCCAGUGCGUCCUGUGCCAGCGCCCCGCACUUGCCUGGCAAAGUGAGCGUCCAGCCAGGACGGGUUGUGCCUGCUCCUCGCACCAGACCAGUGGUGCGUGUUCCCAGCACGGUACGGCCCGUGCCUGCUCCUCGCACGGGGUUACUGUCUUUUAUUGUAAAGAUUAUUAUUUUAAAUUGCAGCUGCAGAGUUUUAAAACAGCCUAUCACUUGAAUAAUAUUGCCAUAGAACAGUGCGUACGCAAGCAUUCUUUCUCUCUCUCUAUCAGUUCCAUUGAAAAUGCAUUCAAAAUAGAUAAUGCUGUUCAAGAUUGAUAUAUAUAUAUAUGUCCUAGCCUACCUCUUUCAGCUAAAAAAUUCAAUGCAGUAUUUCUUAGAACGACCAAGUUUAAACCCCACUGACUGAUACCAGGCGGAGUAAGUUGCUCAUGACAGCUGAGACAAGAGCUGUUUCCAUACAACAAGCAGUCAGCUAAUCUUCAUAAAAUGUAUUCAAUCAAAUCAAAUCAAAUCACAUUUUAUUGGUCACAUGCGCCGAAUACAACAGGGGUAGACCUUACAGUGAAAUGCUUACUUACAAGCCCUUAACCAAAAAAGCAGUUUUAAGAAAAUUAGGUGUUAAAAAAUUGAUCACUACAAAAUGCAAAUAGUCCGGGUAGCCAUUUGAGUAGCUGUUCAGGAGUAUUAUGGCGUGGGGGUAGAAGCUGUUAAGAAGCCUUUUGGACCUAGACUUGGCGCUCCGGUAUCGCUUGUCGUGCGGUAGCAGCAAGAACAGUCUAUGACUAGGGUGGCUGGAGUCUUUGACCAUUUUUAGGGCCUUCCUCUGACACCGCCUGGUAUAGAGGUCCUGGAUGGCAGGAAGCUUGGCCCCAGUGAUGUACUGGGCCGUACGCACUACCCUCUGUAGUGCCUUGCGAUCAGAGGCCAAGCAGUUGCCAUACUAGGCAGUGACGCAACCAGUCAGGAUGCUCUCAAUGGUGCAGCUGUAGAACAUUUUGAGCAUCUGAGGACCCAUGCCAAAUAUGUUCAGUCUCCUGAGGGGGAAUAGGCUUUGUCGUGGCCUCUUCACGACUGUCUUGGUGUGUUUGGACCAUGAUAGUUUGUUGGUGAUGUGGACACCAAGGAACUUGAAGCUCUCAACCUGUUCCACUACAGCCCCGUCGAUGAGAAUGGGGGCGUGCUCGGUCCUCUUUUUCCUGUAGUCCACAAUCAUCUCCUUUGUCUUGAUCACAUUGAGGGAGAGGUUGUUAUCCUGGCACCACACGGCCAGGUCUCUGACCUCCUCCCUAUAGGCUGUCUCAUCGUUGUCGGUGAUCAGGCCUACCACUGUUGUGUCAUUUGCAAACUUAAUGAUGGUGUUGGAAUCGUGCCUGGCCAUGCAGUCAUGAGUGAACAGGGAGUACAAGAGGGGACUGAGCACUCACCCCUGAGGGGCCCCCGUGUUGAGGAUCAGUGUGGCAGAUGUGUUGUUGCCUACCCUUACCACCUGGGGGCGGCCCGUCAGGAAGUCCAGGAUCCAGUUGCAGAGGGAGGUGUUUAGUCCCAGGGUCCUUAGCUUAGUGAUGAGCUUUGAGGGCACUAUGGUGUUGAACGCUGAGCUGUAGUCAAUGAAUAGCAUUCUCACAUAGGUGUUCCUUUUGUCCAGGUGGGAAGGGGCAUUGUGGAGUGCAAUAGAGAUUGCAUCAUCUGUGGAUCUGUUGGGGCGGUAUGCAAAUUGGAGUGGGUCUAGGGUUUCUGGGAUAAUGGUGUUGAUGUGAGCCAUGACCAGCCAUUCAAAGCACUUCAUGGCUACAGACGUGAGUGCUACGGGUCGGUAGUCAUUUAGGCUGGUUACCUUAGUGUUCUUUGGCACAGGGACUAUGGUGGUCUGCUUGAAACGUGUUGGUAUUACAGACUCAGUCAGGGUGACAGGUUGAAAAUGUCAGUGAAGACACUUGCCAUGUAGUCAGCGCAUGCUCAGAGUACACGUCCUGGUAAUCCGUCUGGCCCUGCGGCCUUGUGAAUGUUGACCUGUUUAAAGGUCUUACUCACAUCGACUACAGAGAGCGUGAUCACAUAGUCAUCAAGAACAGCUGGUGCUCUCAUGCUUGCUUCAGUGUUGCUUGCCUCGAAGCGAGCAUAGAAGUAAUUUAUCUCGUCUGGUAGGCUCGUGUCACUGGGCAGCUCGCGGCUGUGCUUCCCUUUUUAAUCUGUAAUAGUUUGCAAGCUCUGCCACAUCCGACGAGCGUCGGAACCGGUGUAGUACGAUUCAAUCUUAGUCCUGUAUUGACGCUUUGCCUGUUUGAUGGUUCGUCGGAGGGCAUAGCGGGAUUUCUUAUAAGCGUCCGGGUUAGAGUCCCGCUCCUUGAAAGCGGCAGCUCUACCCUUUAGCUCAGCACGGAUGUUGCCUGUAAUCCAUGACUUCUGGUUGGGGUAUGUACGUACGGUCACUGUGGGGACAACAUUAUCGAUGCACUUCUGGAUGAAGCCAGUGACUGAUGUGGUGUACUUCUCAAUGCCAUCGGAAGAAUCCCUGAACAUAUUCCAGUCUCUGCUAGCAAAACAGUCCUGUAGCUUAGCAUCUGCAUCAUCUGACCACUUCUGACCGAGUCACUGGUGCUUCCUGCUUUAGUUUUAGCUUAUAAUCAGGAAUCAGGAGGAUAGAGUUAUGGUCAGAUUUGCCAAAUGGAGGGCGAGGGAGAGCUUUGUACGUGUCUCUGUGUGUGGAGUAAAGGUGGUCUAUAGUUUUUUUUUUUUUUCCUCUGGUUGCACAUUUAACAUUCUGGUAGAAAUUAGGUAGAACGGAUUUAAGUUUCCCUGCGUUAAAGUCUCCGGCCACUAGGAGCGCCGCCUCUGGAUUAGCGUUUUCCUCUUUGCUUAUGGCCUUAUACAGCUCAUUGAGUGCGGUCUUAGUGCCAGCAUCGGUUUGUGGUGGUAAAUAGACAGCUACGAAAAUAUAGAUGAAAACUGUCUUGGUAAAUAGUGUGGUCUACAGCUUAUCAUGAGAUACUCUACCUCAGGCGAGCAAAACCUUGAGACUUCCUUAAUAUUAGAUUUUGUGCACCUGCUGUUGUUUACAAAUAUACACAGACCGCCACCCCUUGUCUUACCAGAGGCAGCCGUUCUAUCUUGCCGAUGCAGCGUAUAUCCCGCCAGCUGUAUGUUAUCCAUGUCUUCGUUCAGCCACAACUCGGUGAAACAUAAGAUAUUACAGUUUUUAAUGUCCCGUUGGUCGGAUAUCCAUGAUCGUAGUUCGUCUAUUCUGUUAUCCAAUGAUUGUACAUUGGCGAAUAGGACUGAUGGUAGAGGCAGAUUACCCACCGUCGGAUCCUUACAAGGCACCCCGACCUACGUCUCUUUCUCAUGCGAAUGACAGGGAUUUGGGCCUUGUCGGGUGUCUGAAGAAAAUCCUUUGCUUCCGACUCGUUAAAGAAAAAUCUUCGAGGUGAGUAAUCUCUGUCCUGAUAUCCAGAAGCUCUUUUCGGUCAUAAGAGACAGUGGCAGAAACAUUAUGUACAAAAGAAGUUACAAAUAACGCGAAAAAACACAGACAAUAGCACAAUUGGUUAGGAGCCUAUAAAAUGGCAGCCAUCUCCUCCAGCCAUGAAUGGCUCAUCAGGUUCAGGUAGCAUCAGGCUUGGAUUUUCAUGCUGAUCAAAGCUCUACUCAAAUUAAAUAUAUGUCAUUUAUUUCUAUGCAUUAUGUGCUUUAGAAUGACAUUUCUGGUUUUGGUGGGAAAUACCGGGUUACCCCGGGAGAAAAGUGAUUUAUUCUCGGGUGGGGAAAAAACUAACAAAUUCAAAUCCUAACACAGAACACACGAACACGGUAACGAAUAGGUAUAAACACAUAUGUAAUGAAUCUACACAUGUACAUUUGACAAGGAUACAUGACAUAAUCCUGUUUAUCUUGUGUUAGGUAAUUCACUGGAUCAAUAAAGGAUUGGUGGUAUGAUAACAUGCGUAGUGAUUUAAUGAUGUUGCCUGUUCCAGAAAUGUGUUCUGUACUGGCCGGAGAGGCGUGGUUUCUAUGGCAAGGUGGAGGUGCUCAUCAACAGCGUGAGAGAGUGUGACAACUACACCUGCCGGACCCUCACCCUGAAGGUACCUUAUGGUGUAGUGAUGGAAUCUUCAUAUUACCAUACUGGACCAUGAUUGCAGUGGGUUUCCAUCUAUUUACUACACACUUAACUCUCCAGUGGAAAUCUUUUAAAAGUUAAUGUCCUGUUAACUCAUACCCAAAUAAUGUUGUUUGACUCAUCUUAUAGGCCUACUCGUAUUUGUGGCCAAAGCAUAAAUUGGAGAAAAUAAAACACUUCAAAAAAUCUCACCUCAAACUUGGAUCUCAAACAAACCGUUUCAAAAUGCUUUGCUAUUUCCUCAUAGAGUAUGAUGUCAUCCUACUGAGGAGGAUGAACUGGCCAAUCAGCGAUCUACUCGCAUUCAUAUUUUUUUAUGACCGGUAUACACUAGAUUUAGAACACCUACUAAUUCAAGGAUUUUUCUUUCUUUUUACUAUUUUCUACAUUGUGGAAUAAUAGUGAAGACAUCAAAACUAUGGAAUAACACAUAUGGAAUCAUGUAGUAACCAAAAAAGUGUUCAACUAAUUUUAUAUUUGAGAUUCUUCAAAUAGCCACCCCUUGCCUUGAUGACAGCUUUGCACACUCUUGGCAUUCUCUAUUCCAACAGUCUUGAAGGAGUUCCCACAUAUGCUGAGCGCUUGUUGGCUGCUUUUCCUUCACUCUGUGGUCCGACUCAUCCCAAACCAUCUCAAUUUGGUUGAGGUCGGGGGAUUGUGGAGGCCAGGUCAUCUGAUGCAGCACUCCAUCACUCUCUUUCUUGGUAAAAUAGCCCUUACACAGCCUGGAGGUGUGUUGGGUCAUUGUCCUGUUGAAAAAUGAAUGAUAGUCCCACUAAGCCCAAACCAGAUGGGAUGGCGUAUCGCUGCAGAAUGCUGUGGUAGCCUUGCUGGUUAAGUGUGCCUUGAAUUCUAAAUAAAUCACAGACAGUGACACCAGCAAAGCACCCCAACACCAUAACACCUCCUCCUCCAUGCUUUACGGUGGGAAAUACACAUGCGGAGAUCAUCCGUUCACCCACACUGCGUCUCACAAAGACACGGCGGUUGGAACCAAAAAUCUCCAAUUUGGACUCUAGACCAAAGGACACAUUUCCACCGGUCUAAUGUCCAUUGCUCGUGUUUCUUGGCCCAAGUAAGUCUCUUCUUCUUACUGGUGUCCUUUAGUAGUGGUUUCUUUGCAGCGAUUCGACCAAGAAGGCCUGAUUCACGCAGUCUCCUCUGAACAGUUGAUGUUGAGAUGUGUCUGUUACUUGAACGCUGUGAAGCAUUUAUUUGGGCUGCAAUUUCUGAGGCUGGUAACUCCAAUGAACUUAUCCUCUGCAGCAGAGGUAACUCUGGGUCUUCCAUUCCUGUGGCGGUCCUCAUGAGAGCCAGUUUCAUCAUAGCGCUUGAUGGUUUUUACGACCUCACUUAAAGAAACGUUUAAAGUUCUUGAAAUGUUCCGUAUUGACUGACCUUCAUGUCUUAAAGUAUGAUGGACUGUCGUUUCUCUUUGCUUAUUUGAGCUGUUCUUGCCAUAAUAUGGACUUGGUCUUUUACCAAAUAGGGCUAUCUUCUGUAUACACCCCCUACCUUGUCACAACACAACUGAUUGGCUCAAACGCAUUAAGGAAAGAAAUUCCACAAAUUAACUUUUAACAAGGCACACCUGUUAAUUGAAAUGCAUUCCAGGUGACUACCUCAUGAAGCUGGUUGAGAGGAUGCCAAGAGUGUGCAAAGCUGUCAUCAAAGCAAAGGGUGGCUAUUUGAAGAAUCUCAAAUAUAAAAUAUAUUUUGAUUUGUUUAACACUUUUUUGGUUACUACAUGAUUCCAUAUGUGUUAUUCCAUAGUUUUGAUGUCUUCACUAUUAUUCUACAAUGUAGAAAAUAGUAAAAAAUAAAGUAAAUCCCUUGAAUGAGUAGGUGUUCUAAAACUUUUGACCGGUAGUGUAUACCCACACUAUUCUGUUGUUGGGGUACGCCCACACCAUUCCAACACAGAAAAGCCGCUUUAUAACAUACUUUAUAAACAUUUUUGGAAGGAAAACUAUUUCACUCACAUUGUCAUUGAUUAUAGGUCAUAUUCUAUAGAAAUAUGUAAACACUGGACAGUUACUUUAAACUAGACUGAAACCACAAUCUUGCUCUUGAUCUUGAUCUUGAUUUUGAUUUUGAUCUUGAUCUUGAUCUUACUCCUGAUCUUGAUUUUGAUCUUGAUCUUGAUCUUGAUCUUGAUCUUACUCUUGAUCUUGAUCUUACUCUUGAUCUUGAUCUUGAUCUUGAUCUUGAUCUUACUCUUGAUCUUGAUCUUGAUCUUGAUCUUACUGUUGAUCUUACUCUAGCUCAUACUCUGUGUGUUUUUGUCUCUUUCUCAGCAAGGGGCCCAGAGUCGUGUGGUGAAGCACUACUGGUACACAUCAUGGCCGGACCAUAAGACCCCAGACAGCGCCCAGCCCCUGCUCCAGCUGAUGAGAGACGUGGAGAAGGACAGGACGGGCUCCCCAUCGCAGGGACCCGUCAUCGUACACUGCAGCGCAGGGAUUGGCCGAACGGGCUGCUUCAUCGCCACGACGAUAGGCUGUCGUCAGUUGGAGCUGGAGGGAGUGGUAGAUGUGCUGGGGAUUGUGUGUCAGCUCCGAGCGGACAGGUGAGUUACCAACACUUGGUGUAUUACACAGUAUGUGGAAUAGAUCCAAUGUAAUACAAUAUGUUUACAGCAGAAAGGUGAAUACACCACCUGGUGAUGAUAAAGCCAUGUCCUCAUGCCUGCUUGGAUGCUACUGGGUUUGUGUUGCUCUAAUGACCAUUAGUGAUUACAGACAGUACAGUCCAGACUGACAGACAGAUGGAUUGGCUGGGUUAGGACGUCAGACAGCAGGAUGGAUUGGCUGUGGUUAGACAGUCAGACACAUGAUGGAUGUGGCUGGUUAGGACAUCAUGACAGUCAGGAUGGAUGUGGCUGGGUUAGGACAGUCAACAGACAGGAUGGAUGUGGCUGGGUUGGACAUCAGACAUCAGUGGACAGACAGACAGUCAGGAUGGAUGUGGCUGGGUUAGGACAGUCAGACAGACAGUCAGGAUGGAUGUGGCUGGGUUAGGACAGUCAGACAGUCAGGAUGGAUGUGGCUGGGUUAGGACAGUCAGACAGACAGUCAGGAUGGAUGUGGCUGGGUUAGGACAGUCAGUCAGACAGUCAGGAUGGAUGUGGCUGAGUUAGUACAGUCAAACAGACAGUCAGCAUAGAUGUGGCUGGGUUAGGACAGUCAGACAGUGAGGAUGGAUGUGGCUGGGUUAGGACAGUCAGACAGACAGUCAGGAUGGAUGUGGCUGAGUUAGUACAGUCAAACAGACAGUCAGCAUAGAUGUGGCUGGGUUAGGACAGUCAGACAGUGAGGAUGGAUGUGGCUGGGUUAGGACAGUCAAACAGACAGUCAGCAUAGAUGUGGCUGGGUUAGGACAGUCAGACAGUGAGGAUGGAUGUGGCUGGGUUAGGACAAUCAGACAGACAGUGAGGAUGGAUGUGGCUGGGUUAGGACAGUCAGACAGUGAGGAUGGAUGUGGCUGGGUUAGGACAGUCAGACAGACAGUCAGGAUGGAUGUGGCUGGGUUAGGACAAUCAGACAGACAGUCAGGAUGGAUGUGGCUGGGUUAGGACAGUCAGACAGACAGUCAGGAUGGAUGUGGCUGGGUUAGGACAGACAGACAGACAGGAUGGAUGGAUGUGGCUGGGUUAGGACAGUCAGACAGUCAGGAUGGAUGUGGCUGGGUUAGGACAGUCAGACAGACAGUCAGGAUGGAUGUGGCUGGGUUAGGACAGUCAGACAGUGAGGAUGGAUGUGGCUGGGUUAGGACAAUCAGACAGACAGUCAGGAUGGAUGUGGCUGGGUUAGGACAGUCAGACAGACAGUCAGGAUGGAUGUGGCUGGGUUAGGACAGACAGACAGACAGGAUGGAUGGAUGUGGCUGGGUUAGGACAGUCAGACAGACAGACAGUCAGGAUGGAUGUGGCUGGGUUAGGACAGACAGACAGACAGUCAGGAUGGAUGUGGCUGGGUUAGGACAGUCAGACAGACAGUCAAGGAUGGAUGGUGUGGGUUAGGACAGUCAGACAGACAGACAGGAUGGAUGUGGCUGGGUUAGGACAGUCAGUCAGACAGUCAGGAUGGAUGUGGCUGGUUAGGAUAGUCAGACAGACAGUCAGGAUGGAUGUGGCUGGGUUAGGACAGUCAGACAGACAGUCAGGAUGGAUGUGGCUGGGUUAGGACAGUCAGACAGUCAGGAUGGAUGGAUGUGGCUGGGUUAGGACAGUCAGACAGACAGACAGGAUGGAUGUGGCUGGGUUAGGACAGUCAGUCAGACAGUCAGGAUGGAUGUGGCUGGGUUAGGACAGUCAGUCAGACAGUCAGGAUGGAUGUGGCUGGGUUAGGAUAGUCAGACAGACAGUCAGGAUGGAUGUGGCUGGGUUAGGACAGUCAGACAGACAGACAGGAUGGAUGUGGCUGGGUUAGGACAGUCAGUCAGACAGUCAGGAUGGAUAAGGCUGGGUUAGUACAGUCAGUCAGACAGUCAGGAUGGAUGUGGCUGGGUUAGGACAAUCAGACAGACAGUCAGGAUGGAUGAGGCUGGGUUAGGACAGUCAGUCAGACAGUCAGGAUGGAUGUGGCUGGGUUAGGACAAUCAGACAGACAGUCAGGAUGGAUGAGGCUGGGUUAGGACAGUCAGACAGACAGUCAGGAUGGAUGUGGCUGGGUUAGGACAGUCAGACAGACAGGAUGGAUGUGGCUGGGUUAGGACAGUCAGACAGACAGUCAGGAUGGAUGUGGCUGGGUUAGGACAGUCAGACAGUGAGGAUGGAUGUGGCUGGGUUAGUACAGUCAGACAGACAGUCAGGAUGGAUGUGGCUGGGUUAGGACAGUCAGACAGACAGUCAGGAUGGAUGUGGCUGGGUUAGUACAGUCAGACAGACAGUCAGGAUGGAUGUGGCUGGGUUAGGACAGUCAGACAGACAGUCAGGAUGGAUAUGGCUGGGUUAGGACAGUCAGACAGACAGUCAGGAUGGAUGUGGCUGGGUUAGGACAGUCAGACAGUGAGGAUGGAUGUGGCUGGGUUAGGACAGUCAGACAGACAGGAUGGAUAUGGCUGGGUUAGGACAGUCAGACAGUCAGGAUGGAUAUGGCUGGGUUAGGACAGUCAGACAGACAGUCAGGAUGGAUGUGGCUGGGUUAGGACAGUCAGACAGACAGUCAGGAUGGAUGUGGCUGGGUUAGGACAGUCAGACAGACAGUCAGGAUGGAUGUGGCUGGGUUAGGACAGUCAGACAGACAGUCAGGAUGGAUGUGGCUGGGUUAGGACAGUCAGACAGACAGUCAGGAUGGAUGUGGCUGGGUUAGGACAGUCAGACAGACAGUCAGGAUUGAUGUGGCUGGGUUAGUAGGGAUGUAGGUGGGUGUGACAUAAAUCAUGCUAAGAAACUUGUACAUGAGAAACUGUGUUUUUCUUACAAGAGAGGGACAGAACGUGAUAAUGUUCCUACCUCUUUCAAACACACACACACACACACACACACACUCAUCGCCUGAGCUUGAACAGGGUUUAAGCUGAAAUGUCUCCCACAUCCUGUCUGUACCAAGAUAAAGCAAUCAUCCAUUAGCAUUAUGCAGUAGCCUGUAGCUCAACAGGGUAUCAAGGACUUCAUAAUGUUGCAUUGGUUGAGCUUAGUUAAUCAUUGAACAAAAUGUACUGAAGCAAAGUGCCGCUGUACCAUUUUAGAUGAGUGAGUAAGAGUUUAAAUGACCCCUUAUCGUGACUAAUUACCACACUAUUAAAUGAGCUAGAGAGAAUCAUAAAUGCCUACUGUAAUAUGAGACAGAGUUAGAACAUUGGUAAUUAAUGUUCCAAAUGUUCAGCAGCCAACGCAACACUAAAAUAAGAGACAGGUUUUUCAGUCACAGUUUGAGAUGGAUUCAUUAUUUUAUUUUUUAUUUUUUUUCAGACAGUAACAUGGCCACAACUGAUGGAAGGUUUAGUUUAUUAAAAUCAUUUCCCACUCCUUGUAUUUCAUAGUAUGUUAUGUUACUAACAUGCUAACACUGUUCCUGGUCGAUACUGUUGUUUGUGCUGUGAUUCUAACGGCUGCCUUGUCUCUGUGUGUCUUUUCAGAGGCGGGCUGAUCCAGACAGGGGAGCAGUACGAGUUUGUGCACCACGCCUUAAGCCUCUUCCAAACCCGCCUCUCCGCCGACACCGGCCAAUGAACAAGGACCAGGAAGUUUUCACUGGAUGCGCUAGGUUUUUUCCAGGAAGUGGAAUUGAAUUUCCCCCCUAGCGGGAAGGACCUAUCUUACCUGGUGACUGUGAGGUCAUGUGACUAAUGAGGAAGUGGAUGUCUGGGUGACGAUUGGAGGGUAGAUGUCCUUGUGGGCUUAGUCUUUGUGGACAUGUAUGGACAGCCUGCACUGCUAUUGGCUGAUUGAUUGAGUCUCCUUACAGAGAGAGAGAUGGAGGUGUGGACAGGUGAUUUUGUCUCUGAAUGUAAUCUAUCUUUUCUUCUCUUCCUCCUCCUCCUCCUC